UACUCCUUCAUUUUCGACCCUCAGGUACCCACCGGGGCCAAAUCCAUUGUCAAUGCGAUGCGCUACUUACGUAACCCUCGCCAAGCCUGUGAUGCUCUUUUUGGAUACGUGCAGCGUUUGGCGCACCGAGUUGCCCAACUUGCGAGUAACCUGAAGGAGCGUGGCCGUAUCCGUCUUUACCAGGGGGAGAGUUGGGAAUUACUUUUGCGCCGAUGGACCAAACUUGAAAAAGACUUUCGCUCUGAUGCACACGGUGGCUACGAUCUGUCAAAAAUAUCGGACAUUUAUGAUAAUAUAAAGUACGAUGUCCAGCAUAAUUCCGAUAUCCUAAUCGAGUCUGAGGCUCAGGACUUCUUCACCUGUGCCAAGUCCCUAGCUGACAUAAUCGUACCUCAGGAGUAUGGCAUCACAAAAGAGGAAAAACUGGUGAUCGGCCAGCGCAUUUGCACUCCAUUGAUGCGUAAGAUUCUAUCUGACGCAAGGUAUACAGAUGUUGACGAAUGUACUCGCCUCCAUGCUGGGUAA